AGCUACUUAGCUAAAAAAUGUUAAUCGGAAGAAGCAAAAGUGGAUGGCAUGGUACUUGUAAGAUAAUAUCGAUAUGAUCCAGUCUUAAUUAAGUUAGUCGUAGAUUGAACAUAAAUUGUGAACAUCAUUCAGAUAGAAAUGUUGAAGAUAUAAAAGUUCAAUUCAAUACAAGUUACUAAUUAUAUAAACCAAUUCAAUAUUUUAAUGAUGGCAUCAAAUCGUUCUGAUAGGAGAAGAGCAAGUUAUGAAUUGUCAACUUUUUUUUCUUCAAUACGUGGCAAAACUCUUAAGCCACAAGUUGACAGAGCUAACCUAUACCCAGUUGAUUUCUCUAUAUCUGACGUUUGGUUUUGAAAGCAAUGAAAAUAAUUUAAAUUAUUCAGAUAGUGAUUUGUAUUUAAAUGAAGAAGAUUGCAUGCUCUCAGAGUCAGAAGAUUUUGUACAGUAUUUGCAUAGCGACUCAAGUGACAACAAGGAUUCAGAGUCCAAAGAAGAUUCCAAAGAAAAAAUUUUAACUAUUGCUGAUCAUUUGCUUAUGUUUUUUAUUACUAUUAAUAUUAGUCAUCAUGCGAUGCUUUAUCUUUUAAAAUUGUUGAUAAAAUUUGGAGUGCCUGAUGUUCCAAACUCUAUUUAUUUAUUGACAAAAAAAUCACAAUUACAAAAUUUAAAUAUUGUAAAAUUAUCUAAUGGAAAUUUUUUUUAUUUUUCAAUUAUUGAAAAUCUAAAAUACUGUAUUGACAAAGGUGUUUCUAUUAUUUCAUCAACUAUAGAUUUCAUUUUCAAUGUUGACGGUUUGCCACUUUUUAAAAGUUCCGGACUUUGUGCAUGGCCAGUACUUUUGUAUAUUCCGCAGUUUAAAAGCAAGUUUCCAUUACCGGUAUCUGUUUAUUGUGGUACAGUAAAACCAGAUUUGUGCACUCUGGUAACAGAUUUGUGUGAUGAGUUAUCAUUAUUAAAGUCUCAAGGUCUUGUGUAUAAAAAUGUAAAGUUUGUUAUUAAUAGCAUAAUUUUUGUCUGUGAUGCACCUGCAAGAGCAAUGCUUCAAGGUAUAAAGUACCAUACUGCAAACUUUGGCUGUUCAUAUUGUAGAAUCAAAGGUGAGACAAUUGAUCAUCGAACUUUAUUUCUAAAAAAUAAUUGUGAUAUGCGCAAUGAUUUUAAUUAUCUUGAUAUGAAAGAAAAUAAUCAAGUUAUUUUAUCACCAUUAGCUUUUAUAACAGGUAUUGGUUUACAUUCUUCUUUUCCUCCAGAAUAUCAGCAUCUGGUGUGCCUUGGGGUUUGUAAAAAAUUAUGUUUUUUUUAUUUUACAUCAGUUCCUCAGUAUCCACGUCUUCCUUGCAAAUUAAGUUUAAACCAAAUGUCACAAGUAUCGGAAAUUGUGAAGAACUUUUCUAAAUUUAUUCCUAUUGAAUUUCAUCGUAAAAUCAGACCUUUAUCAGAACUGUGCCAUUACAAAGCUACAGAAUAUCGGUUUUUUUUGUUAUAUUUAGGGCCAUUUUUGUUAAAAAAGAUUUUGCUGCCAGAUUUUUAUGAACAUUUUUUAUUGUUACAUUAUGCAACGUAUUGUCUUUGUUCCAACAGUUUUAAUGAUUAUAUAGAUUGUGCUAAAGGGUGUAUCAGUCACUUUGUUUCAAAAUGUCCAGAAUUGUUUACACCAAAGUGUAUGUCAUAUAAUUUUCAUGUUUUGUUACAUUUACCGUAUUUUGUUAACUUAUAUCAACAACCUCUUGACUACUUUUCUACAUUUCGUUUUGAAAAUUAUUUAUCGAUUUUAAAACGUAAAACUAAAGCUACGUCUAGUAUAUUUCCUCAUCUUUUAAGUAAUAUGAGAAAUAUACGCGAUCAAUCUAUAACUGAGAGAGUCAUGCCUCUUAUUUUUAAUUGUAAACCGCCAGAUAAUUGUUGUGUUACACCACAAGGAAUUAUUUUGAUUACAAAUGUUUUGAGUGAACCACUUAUUUUAGUUUCUGGUUAUAUUUUAAAGCUGCAUAAAAAUUUGUAUACAAUCAGACCUUAUGAAUCUUCUUCACUUGGUAUUGGUAUUUUAUUCAAAAUCUACAACAUAUAUGAAAUAAUUUAG